GUGGUGGCGGCGGCGGUGGUGGUGGCGGUGGCGGCGGCGCCGCCCCGGCUCUCCGUGACUCUCCAUGGGGCCCGAGCCGCGCCGCAGCCGCCGCUGAGGAGAAGGCGCCGCCGCGAUGAGGAAGGGCCGCUCCCGGGGGGACAAAGCGGCGGCGCCUCCUCCUCCUCCUCCUCCUCCGCCGCCGCCGCGGAGGGAAGGCGGCCGGGCGGUAGCCGCCAGCGCGGCGGAGCGCAGAGCCACCCUGCUGGGGGGCGGCAGGAAGGAGCCGGAGGCCGCGGGGGCGCCGGAGAGGGAAACAGUAACAGAGUCCACUCCGUUGCGUUGCAGAAAGCUCAGCAAUCCUGACAUCUUUUCAUCUGCUGGGAAAACUAAGCUCCAUCGUCAGCUAAGUCAAGAUGACUGCAAGCUACGCAGAGGUAGUUUGGCAAGUUCUUUGUCAGGAAAACAGCUACUUCCCUUAUCAAAUAGUGUCCACAGUGGAGUGGGACAGACAAUAUGGCAGCCACCUGGAGAUACCUCAAACCUGGUUCGCAUGAGAAAUCAGUCUCUAGGACAAUCUGCUCCUUCACUUACUGCUGGCUUGAAGGAGCUCAGUCUACCUAGAAGAGGAAGCUUAAUCUCCUCUCCUUUGUUCUCCCACUGCCGAGGAAGUGAUGUUCAUCAGCACAUGUUCUCUCCUACAUCUGCUCCAGGUCUGCAGCACCUUAAAUUCCCAUUUAGUGCUGACUGUGCACUUGUUACUUCUCCUCUAGUAUUUUACCUGAACUCACAAGUCCAGAGCAAUCCGUCUAGUCCAUGCUACAGCCAUCCUUUUCAGUGGAGCUGUCGGACGAGCAACAGAAAGAGUUUGAUUGUAACAUCCAGCACAUCUCCAACUCUCCCGCGACCACAUUCCCCUCUUCAUGGACACGCAGGCAGCAGCCCUUUGGACAGUCCCAGAAACUUCUCACCAAAUGCACCUGCUCAUUUUUCCUUUGUUCCUGCCCGAAGCCACGGACACAGAGCAGACAGAACGGAUGGACGCCGCUGGUCCUUGGCCUCCCUUCCCUCAUCAGGAUAUGGAACAAACACUCCCAGUUCAACAGUUUCAUCAUCAUGCUCAUCUCAGGAGAAGCUGCACCAGCUGCCCUUUCAGCCCACGGCAGAUGAACUUCAUUUCCUGACAAAGCAUUUCAGUACUGAGAGCAUCACUGAUGAAGAAGGGCGCCAUUCUCCAGCCUUGAGACCUCGAUCUCGCAGUCUCAGCCCGGGUCGCUCCCCAAUUUCCUUUGACAGUGAAAUAAUAAUGAUGAAUCAUGUGUACAAAGAAAGGUUUCCAAAGGCCACAGCGCAGAUGGAAGAACGGCUGGCUGAGUUUAUUGCCUCUAAUGCUCCAGAGAACGUGCUGCAAUUAGCAGAUGGGGUCCUAAGUUUCAUCCAUCAUCAAGUUAUUGAACUGGCCAGAGAUUGCCUAGAUAAAUCACGUGAAGGUCUCAUUACUUCUCGGUACUUUUAUGAGCUGCAGGAAAACUUGGAGAAACUUCUCCAGGAUGCCCACGAGCGAUCGGAGAGCUCAGAGGUUGCCUUUGUUACCCAACUUGUGAAGAAGCUGAUGAUUAUUAUUGCACGACCCGCUCGGCUGCUGGAGUGCCUGGAGUUUGAUCCUGAGGAGUUCUACCAUUUGUUAGAAGCUGCAGAAGGCCAUGCCAAGGAAGGGCAAGGAAUUAAAUGUGACAUUCCUCGUUAUAUUAUCAGCCAGCUGGGACUUACCAGGGAUCCCCUGGAGGAAAUGGCCCAGCUGAAUAGCUAUGACAGCCCAGACACUCCUGAGACAGAUGAUUCAGUCGAGAGCCGUGGAGCCUCUGUCCAGUCAAAGAAAACUCCAUCUGAAGAAGAGUUUGAAACUAUUAAACUGAUCAGUAACGGUGCUUAUGGAGCGGUGUAUUUGGUGCGACACAAGACCACCCGUCAACGUUUUGCCAUGAAGAAGAUCAACAAACAGAACCUAAUUUUGAGAAACCAGAUCCAGCAGGCUUUUGUCGAGAGAGAUAUCUUAACAUUUGCUGAGAACCCCUUUGUAGUCAGCAUGUUCUGCUCCUUUGAGACCAAGCGCCAUCUGUGCAUGGUUAUGGAGUAUGUGGAAGGAGGUGAUUGUGCUACACUUCUCAAGAACAUUGGUGCCCUACCUGUUGACAUGGCGAGGAUGUAUUUUGCUGAAACUGUUCUAGCAUUGGAGUACCUACACAAUUAUGGGAUCGUUCACCGUGACCUAAAACCUGAUAAUCUCCUGAUAACUUCCAUGGGUCACAUUAAACUUACAGACUUUGGACUGUCUAAAAUUGGGUUAAUGAGUCUUACAACUAAUCUUUAUGAGGGACACAUUGAGAAGGAUACCAGGGAAUUUCUGGACAAGCAGGUCUGUGGGACUCCAGAAUACAUUGCGCCAGAAGUGAUCCUGCGCCAGGGUUAUGGGAAGCCUGUGGAUUGGUGGGCCAUGGGCGUUAUCCUGUAUGAGUUUCUAGUUGGCUGUGUUCCUUUCUUUGGUGACACGCCUGAAGAGCUGUUCGGACAAGUGAUCAGUGAUGAAAUUGCCUGGCCAGAAGGUGAUGAUGCACUGCCACCAGAUGCCCAGGAUCUCAUUUCUAAGCUUCUUCGCCAAAAUCCUCUGGAAAGAAUGGGAACAGGUAGUGCCUUUGAAGUGAAACAGCAUCGGUUCUUUAAAGAUUUGGACUGGAAUGGAUUACUUCGGCAGAAAGCUGAAUUCAUCCCACAGUUGGAAUCUGAGGAUGACACAAGCUAUUUUGACACCCGCUCAGAACGGUACCAACACCUGGAUUCAGAAGAGGAGGAAGACACUAAUGAUGAUGAUCAUGUGGAAAUACGUCAGUUCUCCUCAUGCUCACCAAGGUUCAGCAAGGUAUACAGCAGCAUGGAACGUCUUUCCAUCCACGAAGAGAGGAAAACUCCACCACCAACUAAACGGAGUCUGAGUGAAGAAAAAGAUGACCGACUGGACAGCCUUGGUGGCUUGAAAAGCCGAGACCGCAGCUGGGUGAUUGGGUCUCCUGAAAUAUUGCGUAAGCGCUUGUCCAUGUCUGAGUCCUCGCACACAGAGAGUGACUCCAGUCCACCCUUGACAGUCCGCCGACGCUGCUCAGGGCUUCUCGACAUGCCCCGUUUUGCCAUCUCCACUGAGGACGAGGGAACUGUACUCAAAAGGCCACAGUCGGAGGGGAUGCUGCUAUCUGCUGUGCAGUCCCGGGAGGGGCUGCCGGUGCCCAUUCCAGAACAGCCUGUGGAGCAGGAGCUGCAGCUGGAAGGUGAUGCCGGACCCACCACCCCCUCCACAGCUGUCAGCAGCACCUCGACGCUGGCAGCUGGGAGCACUGCAGAUUUCUCUGAUCCACGCGCUCGCAGUAAUAGCAAUGAAGGCCCAGACUUUACCACUCCAAAAGCCAUCAGCGAUUUGGCAGUGCGGCGGGCACGACACAGGUUGCUCUCUGGGGAAUCGGGGGAGAAACGUACCUCAAGACCUGUCAAUAAAGUGAUUAAAUCAGCAUCCGCUACUGCCUUGUCUCUCAUGAUUCCCUCAGAUCACCACACGUGUUCCCCAUUGGCUAGUCCAAUGUCACCUCAUUCUCUAUCCUCAAACCCAUCUUCGAGGGACUCCUCACCCAGCCGUGACUUUUCUCCUGCUAUUGCAAACCUGAAACCACCAAUCAUCAUCCAUCGGGCUGGAAAGAAAUACGGUUUCACUCUCCGUGCCAUUCGCGUCUAUAUGGGUGACAGUGAUAUCUACACUGUGCAUCACAUGGUCUGGCACGUGGAGGAAGGCGGUCCAGCGAACGAAGCAGGUCUGCGUGAAGGUGAUCUGAUAACCCAUGUCAACGGGGAGCCAGUCAACGGGCUGGUGCACACCGAAGUUGUGGAGCUAAUUCUGAAGAGUGGAAAUAAAGUGUCUAUCUCCACUACGCCAUUUGAGAACACAUCCAUAAAAGUUGGACCAGCUCGAAAGGCCAGCUACAAAUCCAAGAUGGCUCGUAGGAACAAGAAGAGCAAAACUAAGGAUGGUCAGGAAAGUAAGAAGAAGAGUUCUUUGUUGAGGAAGAUCACUAAACAGGCAUCACUGCUUCACACCAGCCGUAGUUUAUCUUCGCUGAACCGCUCUCUGUCUUCUGGAGAAAGUGUGCCUGGCUCUCCAACCCACAACCUGUCUCCUCGGUCACCUACACAGAGUUACAGAUCCACUCCAGAGUCUGUACACUCAGUUGGUGGCAAUUCUUCCCAGAGCAGCUCUCCCAGUUCCAGUGUUCCCAAUUCUCCAGCCAGCUCUGGACACAUCCGACCCAGCUCUCUGCAUGGACUAGCACCAAAGCUUCAAAGACAGUAUAGAUCUCCAAGGCGCAAGUCUGCAGGAAAUAUUCCUUUGUCACCACUAGCUCACACUCCAUCACCAACCCCACAGUCCACGUCACCGCAACGCUCCCCCUCUCCUUUACCAGGACACUCAGUUGGCAGCUCCAGUAUUAUUCAGUCUUUCCCAGUAAAACUACACUCCUCUCCACCACUGGUGAGACAAAUUUCUCGCCCCAAAAGUGCUGAGCCCCCUAGGUCUCCUUUGCUAAAGAGAGUACAGUCGGCUGAGAAACUAGCUGCCUCGCUGUCCUCUUCUGAGAAGAAGCUGGCUUCCUCACGUAAGCAUAGCUUGGAUAUCUCUCACUCUGAAUUUAAGAAGGAGAUGCUACAGAGGGACCCAAGUCUACAGAGUUUACAAGAAUCUGUGAAUGAAACAACGGGUGGCAAACUUGGGCUAGCGGAAAAAGGAAUGUUGCAGAAGCCAGGUUCCCGGAAGUUGGGUGCUAUUCGACAAGACAGGGUGGAGAGGAGAGAGUCUCUGCAAAAGCAGGAGGCCAUCAGAGAGGUAGAUUCUUCUGAAGAUGAGACAGAUGAUGGUUCAGAGGAUAGUCAGGAUGGGAGAAGAAUGGACAAGCCCCCUGACAGUGGAGACCAAGGCUCAGAUUCUUUUAAUGAAGAUAAUAAGUUUUCCUCUAAGUUGGAAAGCAAGGAUAGUAUUGAAGAUGAUGCCUUUCUACCCGAAGAUCCAAAAGGUACAGAAGAUUUGCAGAAGGGAAAUGUUCAACAAGCCAAGACUGUUUCAGAACCGUUGCAAGUUGCUGUGCACCCUUCCUCAUCAGAGGUCCUCCCAAGAACUUCUCCAGAAAAUUUAGCUGAUUCGGAAAAGCCAUUCCUAAGAUCAGGAACAACUGCAAAGGAACAUAAAUUGGCAGAAAACAAAGCCUUUCAGUGUUUAGGUCCAAAAGACAAGUCUUCUGAAGCAAUCAGAGAUCAAAGGGGAACUACUAGUACUCAAAAACCUACAGAUUGCACAGAAAGUAUACCGUGCCCAUCUAUCAAACUCCCUGAACUUGAAAAAAGUGACUCUUUAGGGGCCUCAUGUGGUAAACUUGACCUGAAAGACACCCCACUAACAGAAAUCAGCCAGAAAAAACAAGAUUCAAAACCUCUGCUAGCACUUUCUUCUUGUUGCACAGCAAGUGUGAGCACUCCUCGCUUGGUGAGCCCUGUGGAUCGCAGUGAGAAGGAUCACAAGGGCACAGUUCAGCCCGUAGAACAGCACAGCACCUUAUCUCUGUGUCCUGCAAGUGUGAGUGAAACAUCCCAAAAAAGUCCUAGCGCUGAAAAGCGACCCAGCUCGUCCCAGGCAGAGAGUGCUUCAACGGCAAGCAAAACGAGCCAGGGCAGCCCGGCAGGUACUGUGUCCUCCACACUGCUCGUCCCCAGUGCUAUCGAAAGGGCACUCUCCAUGUCCCAGUUAAUGCCACUAGCUCAGAGUGUCUUGGGCCCUUUGAAGCUCAGCAUGCCUGGUUCUGGAGAGGUGGAAAAGAAAAAGGAUUUCCCCCAUUUGGGUGCCUCCUGUAAAGAAGAGAGAGAUCUGAAGCAAAAAAGGCAGGAAACUUCACAAACAGGAGCAUGUCAAGAGAAAGCCAAACUAUCCAGCACAGACAGUCUGACCACGAGGAGUGGAUCCUGCACAGAGUCAUUACGCUCAGCAAAACCUUGGGAGGCAACGUGUCCUGUGGUGGCAAGAAAAGAGGCAACUUUUUGCAGUGCUAAGGCAUCUGAGGUACUGGGAGGUAGCUGCAAAAUCACUCAAUCAAAGGAGCUGUCGCAUGCUCUUGGACAGCCACCUCUGAGAGCCUCUCCUCUGCCAGAUGGCAGCACGAGGCCCUGUAAAGAAGGGACUCUCACACAAGCAAAAAGCAAAGAGGUUGGAAGUCAGUUAAAAAUACAAGACUUUCCCCUGUCACAUGAUGGUACUGUAAAGAAAACAUAGCAGCAUCCCUGGUACACACGGACUGGAGCAUUCUGCAUUCGGAAUAGAGACUGCAUGUUUGAAUUUUGUAAUAUACACUAAUAUAAAAUAGAACUUGUGUACAUCUAUUUUUGGGAGGGUUUUUUUCAUACUGUUUUUUGUGUUUUUCAUCCUUGCUAUUCUAUUUUUGUACACAGUAAUGCUUGCUGUUUGAGGUCUCUUUAGAACAGGGUAUCUUUAAAACAGGGCUUAGGAAACAGUUUGCUGAUUUUUCCCUUCCUGACCUUUUGUUUUGCCUGAGUUUAGGGCUUGUUGUGCUCUUCCUUCCAAUUCUGCAUUUAUUUAAGAUCCCAAAAAUUCUCAACACAAAAAUGGCAGCUUACUUCAAAAUCUCUGGUUUUCAAACUUCUUUCAAAUGUCUUUGAAAUUCACAGGUCUUGAAUAUUGUUUUUGAAUUUACAAUCUAGUUUUCUUUGACAAGGAGAAGAAAGUACUCUCUGGUCCACAAGUUUGGGAGCAAAUCUUCUUCAGUGCAAGUAAGGCCUCUUUGUCACUGUGUGCACUCACAGUUCUGCACACAUCCUUAGAGGAUACGAAAGAAGAGACUUGGAUGGAGGGGCUGGACAGAGAGAUAUCCCUAUCUUCUCUUUAAACCAAGUAAAAGCGUUUGUUUGUUUGUUUGUUUGUUUGUCGCAAUCAGAGAAAUCUCUAAGCUGUUUUUUUUGGGAGGGAUUGUUUUUAUUUAUCCUUUACAGGACACAUGGCAACUUCUCCUUCUGUUUUUAAAAUUUUAAUGAUGUUUUAUCUUCCUUGGUCUGGCUUCAAUUUGUAACUUGCCCUGCCUCAGAAUAAAUGACCCCAGGAAAGGGGCGCCUUGUAGGUGGAUUUUAAAGUAGAGAAAUUUGUAGUCACGUGUUCUCUAGUAUGUCUUGGGCGAAGAUAUCUCAAUUGAUAAAUGACCUUCGGAGACUUUUCCUUCUCUUGGUGAGUCUAAAUAGGUAGGGAUUUUAAGGUGUUCCUUAACAUUUCGGAACUGGGGCUUGGGAAACUCGCUGAGUUUUCUAAAUCUGCCCAUUUUAAAAACAACCAACCAGAAAACUAUGAAGAGUUCUGACUCCUUGAGUUCUGUGGACAAGCUGCAAGCAGACUUCAAAACACAUGUGAUAUUUUAAGAUUUCAGCUGUGAUAGCUAGAUCAUUUCCACUGCAGAGGUCACUUGGUUCCAUUAAUAAUUACUCUCGGCUCUUAGGUUUAGACAUUGCUUUGCUUUAGGUGUGACCGACUCCGGGUACCAGUGCUCUUUGCUGAGGAUUAGAUACCAAUACACCAAUAACUGUGACUGGUGAUACCUAUAGCACUGUAAGCCAUUUCUUCAUCCAGUUAAAGGUUACUGUCAGUGAACACUCCCGUCAUUUGUCCCAGAUUGUGCUCAGCUCUUAUUCUAGUCUUGUCUGAGUAUAUCCUCCUGCGGAUCACCCGCACUAUCUAGUGUCCUGCUCACUGGCUUUCUCUGUUAGAAGCAGAAUGACUGUGCAACAGUAUUUCAAGCUAAAACCUGCACCUGUUGGUCUGUUUCAUUCUACUGCUGCCUUUUUCAUUGUCUUGGCCUUUUCUGAACUUGAAGUUUUGAUUCACUGUCCCUAAAUGUAAAUAUGUUUUUAUAUAGGAAUGUAUUUUCUUCAUCUCUUUCAACUUGAUUUCAGCUUAAUCCACAAGUCACAUAAGUCUCUGUAAUCUUGCCCUGAUUCUUUCUGUAUAACCAUUUUUUCCCCAUCAUGUACAUGAUUUUUGGCUGCUUGGAUUUCAUUUCUUCAUUUCUGGACCAAUUUUGGUUUGGUUUGAGCUUUUUUUUUUUUUUUUUAACCAUGUUUAAAUGAGUGUUUACUCUGUGUGUCUGUGUGAACAUGUAUGGUGUUGUUAAUACACUAGCCAAAGCCUCAAAACUCCCAGAUAACACCUGAAUAAAUCUUGCUGUGACGGUAUUGAGAGCAGGGCCUUGCUGUACUCUCUCUUUGCUCUUUCCUCCUGGAAUUCGUAGGCUACCUGUGUGCACUCGGCUGGCGAUUAUAAACCCCAUUUCCACUGCCCUGUCAGGGGCAUGGGUGCCUCCAGCCUCGCAAAGCCCUCGUGUUGAUAUCAUUCUGUGCUGCUUUGGAGCGGUAGCAAAUAAGGAACAGACUUGGCAGGAUCCGGUGCUUGAUCUGGCUAGUUUCCUCCCUACUGAAAUCUCCUAAAAAAUUGCUGAGAAGCAACAACGUUCAACUGGCAGUACAGCAUAAAGCAAGGUUCCUGGGAAUGAAGAGAAAUUGAUUCAGCAUCAUAAUUCCGUGGCAAUUGUGAAGAGAAGGCUCAAGCUUAAGUCCAGGGAGCACCUAACCUUGGCGAGAUGGACGUCCCCGUGUAAAUCGAGCAGUGAGUGCAGGAGGACGUGCUUUGGCCUUGCUGUUCCCUCGGUGGCAGGUCCCUGUUUGCAUCUCCUGUGGUGAGGCACCUUGCUCUGUGAGCGUGCUCCCAGGGGUGUCCACAAAGGGGUCUGCAUUAAAAAACCUGAAGGGAAAACCAAACCACUGCCCUAGCAGGAGGGGGCUUUGCAGCCUGUGACAUUCGAAGCAGCCAGCCCAGGCCGUUAGCUGAAGUGGCUUUAAGGGGGAGCGGUGAGAGCAGGCAGCUGCUGGCUUUCCGUGAUCUGUGGUGUACUAUAGCACUUCUGAACCCCUUCCCAGUGGCGUACUUGAGGGUCCUGUCGGACCGAGCCCAGUAAGGGGGCCUGAGUUAUGUCUGUGCCAGGUACGUCGGGGUCACAGGGCCUCCUGUGGGACACGCAGGCUGGGAGGUGACCGUCUGAAGGUACCAGCUCCAUUAGCUGCUGACUGCCUCUCUUUGCAGCCGGUACCUCCAGUGCUGAAUCGGGAAGUUAUCCUUUCUUGAGCACAGAAAGAGGAGUGGAAAACUGUCGUGUCACAGCUUUUGCUGCUUUUGCCUGAACUGGCCAAAGAAGAGGUGAGGUAUGUGCUCAGUCACCUCUUUUGUAGCUAAGGUACAGAAAGUGAUCAGUGCAAUUUCAAAACCCUGCUUUUUUUGGAAGCCAAAGCCCAACAGCAUUACCAGGAGAGCAUCCUAGGGAAACCCUGGGUCCCUUGCUCCUCCUCAACCCUGCAGUUCCCCUCCGUGUGCCAGGUGCACCAUCUUCCCCAUCCACCACCUGUCCAACUCCUAUUGGGGCACCUUAGCAUAAAGUUUAGGCAGAAAGAUUUUUUUGGUGAAAUUGCGAUAACAAACCAGGUGGAGACCAGGACCUACUCCUUGCUCUGCCAAGAAUUACUUACAUGCCUGCUCAGAUUGCAAAAUUUGUGUGCUGGGGAGGGGAAGGAGAUGUUGGGAACUCUGUGUCCAUGCGCACGGGUGCGCUGCGCAGCCCUUCCCAGUGCAGGAUGGGGCCCACGGCCCCGAGCAGAGCAGGCAGCAAGCCGGGAACGUGGCCUCCAUAAGUGACACUGAGUCAGACAGGUGGGAGGAAUUCACUGGUGAAUGAGCCGUGCGUACAACCACCAACAUACAUCGCUUUCCUGAUUGAUUUCCCCUCGCAGCUCUCCCUUGCUCCUGCCCCCGGCCAGCGCCUUCCCGCGCUGCCUCAUUUCAGUGUUAUUUUUCCCUUUGUCUCUUACUGUUGCGGACUAAGAGAGAUGGAUGAUAUUUAUUGUAAAUAUUAGACGUUAGCAUUGUAACGGCCGCUCCUGGGUCCGAAUGUCAGAGGCCUUUGGCUGCUGAUGUACUACAGAGCGCUUGCUGGAGAAGGGUGGGAGUGACCAGUGGUUUUGGUUGCCACACUUGCAUUAAGGUGUGAUUUGGAGUAUUUUUAUUUUAUUUUUUUUCUUCCGAAGAGGGGAGGAUAAAGUCUUUCUCUGGUUUUCUCUUACUGGAUGUGAAGGAUAAUUCUGUACUUCUAGUAGAAGAUUUGACAGAAGUGUGUGUUUACGUUGUGUUCGAUAUCAUAUCCAGGUGGCUGCGAGAGCACCUCCGAAGCUGGGCUCUGCCAAGCCGUGUCACUCAGCACUUAGCUAGAUAAGAGGACGUGUGGAAUUUCUGUGUUUUUAGAAACUUGAACAAUUGCCACAUAAUAGCGGUGCAAUAAUUUUUAUUCAUGUUGUACCUGCAUGUCGAUGUUCAAAUCCUCCUCCGAAAUAAAUUUUUUUUUUUUACAUA